AUGCCUGCCCUCUCGGACGAGGAAUGGGCCGAGAUCGCCGAGGAGAUCCCGCAGGCGUCGGACCCCUUCAUCCAAAAGUACCUCCAGGGGCGUGACGAGCUCGUGUCGCAGGAGCAGCGGCAGCGCAGCGACCACGCCUUCAAGCAGUCGCUGUCGCCGAUCGCGCGGCGGGCCUGCGCCAUCGUGGAGCGGAUCCGGCGCGAGGAGAACGGCAGCGUGUGGACGACGGCGCUCGAGGAGAAAGUCGCCGAGCGCGGCAACGUCUUCCCCGGCAUGAUGUUCGGCCUCGCCAAGGACGUCAUGGAGACGACGCAGCUGUGGAGGAUCGUGCGCCGCAUGCCAAAGGGCGCCCUGCUGCACGGCCACAACGACGCCAUGGCCGAUUUCGACUUUUUGAUCGCCGUCCUGCUCGACACCGAGGGCAUGUGCGUCGCCUGCUCCGACGGUGGCCUGGCUACCGCCCAGCAGAGGGAGGAGAGGGUGCCCGAGUUUCGGUUCGUCAAGAGCCCUGCCGCGAACGUGGAUGCCGCCUCGUUGUGGUCGGAUGACUACAAGGCCGGGACGUUUGUGCCCAUCAUUAAGGCGGCAGACUCCUUCCCCGGCAGCAGCAGCGACGGGAGCCGCGGCGGCAGGGUGGCCUUUACGGCGUGGCUCAAGUCCCGCGUCACGCUGUCCCGGGCGGACUCGACGGAGCAGCACCACGGACAGGACCACAUCUGGCGCAAGUUCAUGACGUGCUUCCGAAUCACGGGGUCCAUGAUGCACUACGAACCCGUUUUCCGGCGCUUCCUCCGACGGGUCAUGACGCUGCUGCACGAGGACGGCGUGGCGUGGGCCGAGCUGCGACACACGUGGCCGCUCGACUACCGCCGCGAGGGUCGCGAGGACCCCGAGACCGACUACAUGCACAUGUUCACCGUCAUCGACGAGGAGGUCACGGCAUUCAAACAGGCCAACCCGGGCUUCUGGGGCGUGCGGAUGAUCUGGUCGUCGCUGCGCAGCGCCGACGAGCGCACCAUGGCCUCGGACAUGACGCUCUGCGUCGAGACCAAGCUCGCCUUUCCGCACCUCGUCGCCGGCUACGACGUCGUCGGCCAGGAGGACAUGGGCCCCCCGCUCAAGGACCUGCUGCCCCGCUUCGCGUGGUUCAAGAAGCUGUGCGCGCAGGAGGGCGUCAACAUACCCUUCUUCUUCCACGCCGGCGAGACGCUGGGCGACGGCACCGACACGGACCAGAAUCUGUUCGACGCGGUGCUGCUGGGCACGAGGCGUAUCGGUCACGGCUUCUCGCUGCACAAGCACCCGCUGCUCAUCGACCUGGUCAAGCAGAAGAGGAUCCUGAUCGAGAGCUGUCCGAUUAGCAAUGAGGUGCUGCGUCUGUGCGGGAGUAUACUGUCGCAUCCCCUCCCGGCACUCCUGGCAAGAGGAGUCCCCUGUGCGCUCAGCAACGACGACCCGGGCAUGCUGGGCCAGGACACCGCCGGCGCCACGCACGACUUUUGGCAGGCACUCCAGGGCUGGGACAAUCUCGGGCUCGGCGGGCUGGGUUCCCUGGCCGAAAACAGCGUGCGGUGGUCCGCCUUUGAGGACGAGACGGAAGCGCAGUGGAAGAGCAGUAUACAGCAGGCAUCGCUCGGCAGCGGGAUCAAGGCGCAGAGGUUAAAGGAGUGGGCGGUAAAGUGGGAGGAGUUUUGCCUGUGGGUUGUCGACGAGUACGGAGAUAAAUAUGGAGAGGAAUAA